CCUCCAAGGGCCCAGUCCCCUGCCGCCUGGGUCUCACCGCGCCAUGGUUCGUUUGCCUCUGCAGUGUGUCCUCUGGAGCUGCUUGCUGACCACCGUCCACCCAGAACCACCCACUGCAUGCAGAGAAAAUCAGUACCUAAUAAACAGCCAGUGCUGUUCUUUGUGCCGGCCAGGAGAGAAACUGGUGGAUGACUGCACAGAGGUCACUGACACUAAAUGCCAUCCUUGCCGUGAUGGCGAAUUCCUAGACAUCUGGAACAGAGAAAGAUACUGCCACCAGCACAAACACUGUGACCACAACCAAGGGCUCCGGGUCCUGACUCAGGGCACCUCAAAAACAGACACUGUCUGCAUCUGUGAAGAGGGCCGACACUGCACCGAUGAGGCCUGCGAGAGCUGCGUCCCGCACAGCUUAUGCGACCCUGGCUUUGGGGUCAAGCAGAUUGGUACAAGCAUUUCUGACACCAUCUGCGAACCCUGCCCACUUGGCUUCUUCUCCAGUGUCUUCUCUCCUUCUGAGAAGUGUCGCCCUUGGACAAGGUGUGAGAUCAAAGGGCUGAUAGAGAAAGAAGCAGGAACGAACAAGACUGAUGUUGUCUGUGGUGAGUUCUGGACCAUGAGCCCUGGUAGCAGUCUAGAUAUCCAGUGGCGGUCCAGAAUCCUGACGGCGGUCCUCAUCACGAUCGGGAUCCUGUGCGCCGUCAUCUUCUUUGUGUUUAUCUGUAUCAGGAAGGUGGUCAAGAAGCCAAAGUAUAAGGUCCCUCAGUCUGAGGCUAUGGGGACGGAUCCCCAGGAGACAGUUUUUGUAGAGGAUCCUCCUGUAUUCGAUCCUGCUGCUCCAGUGCAAGAAACCCUGCAUGGGUGCCAGCCGGUCACCCAGGAGGAUGGCAAAGAAAGCCGUAUCUCAGUACAGGAGAGACAGUGAGCUGUGUGUGUCCAGGAGCGUGGCGGCGUGGGCACCUGGCCAGAGAGCCUGGGACUGCUGUGGUGAGAGACAGGGGCUAGCACUGACUGGACACAGGCCUCCUCUGCUUGCACCCCUGUGGCCAAGACAGGAACCCUAGCACUGGAUACAGAAACACUUUACCUUGGAGAGCCUCUCACCGUAGCCCUGGAGUCCAGCCAGUCUCCCAACUUGUUUUUAAAAAUGGAGGCAAAACUUGGGUGGUGAUGGUGGCCGGGGUGAUACAGUAAUAGCCACUACACCCUCCAAACCAGCAGAUCAGUGUCCAGAGACAUGUUCUGGUGGCUUCCCUAUACCCAGGGAGACAUACACGGAUUGUCCUUUGCAGCGCUGUUUGUGAUGGAGUACGACUGACUGGAAGCCGCUUAACUGUCUACCACCAGGGGAUUGGCUAAAUCAAAUUGUAAUAUAUUUAUACAACAGUAUCUCAAAAACACUGUCAAGUGAAAAAAAAAAAGCAUGUUGCAGAAUGUUGGAUAUGGAACAUUUUGGGUAAAGUGUACACUUUUGUAUAUGAUAUGUUGCUAUGGAUAUAUGUAUAAAUAUAAUUUUAUAUGUAGGCAUAACAAGGGUUCUGGGAGGAUGCAAAGAAACUCCACAACUUGAAGAGUGGUGACGUCUGGAGUGGAGAACAAAGGUCUGGGGGAGGAGGACUGGUUAAAGGGAGAUUUGGGUUUCCCAUAAUGCUUCAUUUUUUUCCCCAAAAGGAGAGUGAUUUCACAUAAUGCUUAUGUAAUUAAAAAACCAUCAAACAUGUAAAAAGAAAAACGAAGGUGGACAUGCUGCGUGACACGAGCUGUUUAACUUGCUGCCAGGCUCACAGAAUUAGGACACUUACUGAGGACAAAUAAGAGUGUCCCCCAGGCUGAUGCUCCUCCAGGGUGUUUUCCAUGUGUGUUCACAUUUGGCAUUGACUUUGUAAGGUGUUCUUCCCGUUUGAUUUAUAUUACCCAAAGCGGCCUUCCAGGGAGCAGGCAGGGCCCUCAUCCCUCCCUCUUUCACAGAAGUGGAAGCCAAGGCCCAGAGAGGUGAAGUGACCCGCCUGUGGUCACACAGCAUUACCCGGGGGUGCCAUGUUCAGAGCUCCCCACUCUAGGUCCUGAGCUUCUCCCAGAUCUGCCUGCUCCCUGGAACUGACAUCUGUAGCUCCUUCCCAGGGAGAUCCUGGGUCUCCCACUGCCUUCUGACCUCGCCACUGCUUUGGGAGCUGCUGCUUCUUGGUCAGAUGGUACCCCCCUUCCCCCUAGCAGUAUCUAAGGAUAAAAAUAAACCAUCCUGUUCUCUUUUCCUGCUGUGCCAACUGAGGGGGAGCCUAGCCAGGAGGAGCAGCAGAUGGAGUGGGAGCAGAGGGGAGGGGAGGGGGGAAAGGGGGUUGGAGGACACGAGGAGAAGGAAGAGCAGUGCAAGGUGCCAGGCAACGCCCUGGCAAAGACUCGUGGUGAGAUUUAACCCAGGGGUCUCAACCUCACCCGGGCAGACGCUGCUUUGGAUUCUCCCAACAUGUCCUGCUGGCUGAAGGGUGGGGGUGGAGAGGGCUUGUCCCUGUGGAGGCUGUAGGUGCAGCUGGGAGCCAAGAGAGGGGCACCUGGCUUGGCAGACUUCCCAGAGGAGCUUUGAGGACCAUUCGGAUGUACCAGGUGGAGGCCUUUGGUUCAGAAAGCUGAACAGAGUAGUGGUGGGGGAAAGGCGAGCUUUGGGACUUAAUUCUCAACCCCUACCUAGAGCCCAAAUGCUAGUCUUGCUUACUUCUGUGUGGGAGUCUGGUGGAACAAGACAAAAAACCCAGGUCUGCCACCUAUUGUCUGCAUGACCUUGGGGAGAGUCACUUUCGCCUCUUUGCUUCUGUUUCCUUAUCUGGCAAAUGGCGACAAUACCUACAGCAGCUGCUAUUGAUGCCUCCUGGUUCUCUCCUAGGCCAGAAGUUCUCAAACUUGAGUGUAUAUCAGAACCACCUAGCAAGGCUUGUCAGAGGUUGCUAGGCCCCAGCUCCUGUGUUUUUGAUUCAGUAGGUCUGGGAUGGAGAUCAAGAAUUUGCCUUUCUAUGCAAUUUAUUAAUGCAACAAAGUUGCAAUUGUACCCCAUGAAUAUAUACAAGUAAAAAAUAAAUGAGGGGAAAAGCAUUUGCAUUUCUUACAAGUUUCCCAGGUCUUGAGGCUGCUGGUCCAGGGAUCACACUUUGAGAACUACUGCCCUGGGUGUUCCUAUUUCUAUUAUACAAGCAGCUGGUUUCCUAUUGCAGGAACUUGGGAUGGCUUGCUUUGUGGAUUUUCCAGGUCUUGAAGACAUGCGUGGUGUAGACAUAGGCCAGGGGAGCUAGGUCUGGGGGAGUUGGUGCCCCCAGAGUACUCUCAACUAACCAGAGUUGAAAGUGGGUGGAUAAAUAGCCCAGCUUCUUUGCCCUUGGGAAGGACAGAUCUGAGGUGUGAUCCACACUGUCUCCUAGGCUCCUGGCAGGACUGAGCCCCCAGUGCCUCAGGUGGGCACUCUCGGUUGGCUUCUGUCCCUUUCCUGUCUCUCUUCCCACUUCCUCACUGCUGCUUCCUGGGUUCAACUCCCAAAUAAACUACCUGCAUCAAUUCCACCACACCUCAUGGUCUGCAUCUGUGAGAAAUUCAUCCUGAGACUCUAGCAGAGCCCAUGCACAAAAAUGUGCAAUUUUGUAUUUCUUAGCAUCCCUGACAAAGGGAAGAGGUGGUUAUUCUUGGCAGCUCUAGCUUAUUCUGGUCUUGAUUGGAGCUCCACGAGGAGCUUUCUGAGUGGCCUCAGGAAAGUUCCUUUCUGGUUCUUAGCUUUUGUUCCCCGAUGUUUGAUGAAAGGCUGGGUUCCUAUGAGUGCAAAGAGUCCCUUUGCUUCUGAAAACAGUGAAGAGGAACAACUCUGCAGGGUGGAGGGUCCUCCCCGGCCCGGGGAUGGAGCGGGUAGGUGUGAGACCCGCAUCAACCAGAAGGUGGCGCCAAGGUAACGCCCGGAGACCCCGGUAGCAGCUAGGUCUUCCGGAGUGAAGUUGGCUUCGCUGAUUCCCGCCCCACACCGGUCCCACACACGUUGAAGACGAAGCUUUUCCUCCUGUGGCUGCUGAACCCGAGCCUCCUACAGCCUCUACUCUGCAAAUGCAUCCAUUCCCGAGUUCUUGUACUCUCCAUGAAUUACUUCUGCAUCUAACAAACAUCGACUGUUCCUGCCGUGGGCCUCAUCCGGAGCCAUUGCACAGUGACGCUAAGAGCUCAGGCUGAGUGCUCGUCAUGUGCCAGGCACAGCGCGAACUUUAUACGGGUUUCUCAGUCCACAAACUCCACCUAAGUCGCCAUCUUCUAUAAUACCCAUUUUACAGAUGAAGCUUAGAAAUCAAAUGACUUGCUAAGGUCUCCAGAGUCAGAGCUGGUAUUUGGACCUAACUAGA